AUGACACGACUACAAUUGAUUGAACAUGUAAAGGAGCUUCGUGUAGCCAAUGGGCAACUCGAACAGCUGUUGCGUUACCCAGGACAUGCGUAUGUGCGUGCAUCAGCGUGUGACACAUCACGUGUUGCAGGGCCACGCGUACACACGUUGCUGCACACGCUAAUUAUCGAGGUCAGCAGCAACGGAUGGGCAACGUGUGGAGCAAAAUACUUCUUCAUUGAAUUUUAUAUCCUUCAUCGGAAUUUCUUUCUUUUCUUUCACUUUCAUUUUCUUCAAACAAAAUACUUCUUCAUUGAAUUUUAUAUCCUUCAUCGGAAUUUCUUUCUUUUCUUUCACUUUCAUUUUCUUCAAACAAAAUACUUCUUCAUUGAAUUUUAUAUCCUUCAUCGAAAUUUCUUUCUUUUCUUUCACUUUCAUUUUCUCCAGAAAAAAAAUUCUUCUUCAUUGAAUUUUAUAUCCUUCAUCGAAAUUUCUUUCUUUUUUUUCACUUUCAUUUUCUUCAGACAAAAUACUUCUUCAUUGAAUUUUAUAUCCUUCAUCGGAAUUUCUUUCUUUUCUUUCACUUUCAUUUUCUUCAGACAAAAUACUUCUUCAUUGAAUUUUAUAUCCUUCAUCGAAAUUUCUUUCUUUUUUUUCACUUUCAAAAAAUUCUUCUCUACAUUCUUUAUUCUUUAUCGAAUUUCCUUUCUUAUAUUUUCUCUUUCCUUCAUUAAAAAUGGUUUCUUUUUUUUUCUUUUAUAUUUUCAAACAUUUUUUUCUUCUUUCUGUUUUCAUCAACAUGAAAAAUUUCUUUUCUAUUUUCUUUAUUCAUUACGAGAUUUUUUUAAAAAAAAUUCUUUUUUCCUUUUUCUUUUUUCUUAUUUUUUUCUUUUUUUCUUAUUUUUUUCUUUUUUUCUUAUUUUUUUCUUUUUUUUAUUAGAAAUUUUUUCUUUCUUUUCUUUUGUAUAA